UUAGAAACCCUCCUCCUACUUCUGGAAAACUGAAACCUAAAGCUGCUUUAAAGCAGUAACUGCUUCCUACAAUGAUGCAUUUUGUGUCAAAGUCCAGAGACGACAGCUGCUUUUUUCCAUCAUGGCUUUCAACCAGCCUCCCUUUUACAACCCGAGGAUUCCUUUCACCGGAUCCAUCCAUGGAGGCCUGCAGGAGGGCAAGUCGAUCCUCAUCAGCGGACGAGUCCUUCCUGGAGUAGACCGGUUCCACGUGAACUUACAGUGUGGUUCCAGUCAGGGGACGAACAUCGCCUUUCAUUUCAACCCACGUUAUAAUGACGGCCAGCCUUACGUGGUCACCAACACCUUCCAGUACGGUAACUGGGGCUCAGAAGAGAGGAAGCUUAGCUCGCCUCUCCCUCCUGGCUAUAACUUCACCCUGCAGAUCACCGUUACGCGGGAUUUCUACCAGGUGAGCGUAAACGGCAGCCACUUCACGGAUUACAGACAUCGUAUCCCGUUCCAGCAUGUUGACACCAUAUCAGUCGCUGGAAAAGUGGAAGUUUCCUUUAUAUCAUUUUCAAACCCUAAUCAAGGUUUUCCCACCCAGCCGGGUUUUCCAUCCUUUCCGGGGUUUCCUCCUCAGCCUGGAUUCACACCCCAGCCAGGAUUUCCUCCUGCAAUGCCUGUUGUUCCAUAUAACAACUACAUCAGUGGCGGAAUCCAGCCAGGCAGAACCAUCACCAUUCAGGGAAUCAUCCCGCCCAAUGCCACAAGGUUCCACGUGAACUUCAGCCACCAGUAUGGAAUCGCUCUGCAUUAUAAUCCACGUUUCAACGAGAACACGGUGGUCCGAAACACCAAGCAGCAUGGGCAGUGGGGCUCUGAGGAACGUAUGGGAAUAAUGCCAUUCCAGCGAGGACAGGCUUUCACGCUGACCAUCAUCUGUGAACAAAGAUCCUUCAGGAUUGUAGUGAACGGGAUGCAGGCCCACACCUACAAACAUCGCUUCACUCCUCUACAUAACAUCAAUAGCCUGGAGAUCGAGGGAGACAUCCAGCUGACCUCAGUCAUGGUUUAGAUUCUGUGUUCAGUCACAGAAAGGGAACUUGUAAAACCUCUCUGCUUCCACCAAAGAAAAACAACCCAAAACACGUAUUUCUUUUUUUAUUACAGAAGUUUUUAAUUUCUGGAAACUACUGAUGUUCAAGUGGCAAAGUUUGUCAUUUACUACCAUCUAGUGGUCAAGUUGUAUACAAAAAACAAAUAGAAUCAACCUGGAUCCAUCUUGGCAUUAUAAAACUAUCAUCCAUCCAGAGAUUUUCUCUUGCUAACUAUUCCUUCUGUAUUUAGUUUUAGUUUCUUGUCUUGGCUCAGUUUCCUUUUGUUGGUUUAUGCUCAUUUACACACUUUGUUCCUUUUCCAUUACAUUUUAUCAGCCUCUAAUAGAUGUUACUUUUUCAAACUGUGACUUAAAAAGAACCACCAACAAGAUCUACCUUCACCCCCCUCCCUCCCCCCAUGUAUCUGUGUUUAUUGUUCCCGUCUACAUCAAUAAAUCAUGUUAUGGACCACUCUA